GAGAAACAGUGAAGCCCUUUGAGAAGAUUUUCCCAACUACACAGGCUGUACCCCUGGGACUGAGGAAAUUUAAGGCAGUGCAUGAGCAGUGGUAUGGAGGUUGCGACUGGCUGUCCCUUCGCCUGGCUUUCCUCUUAGGGAGGAAGAAAAAGGCUUUCCCCAAAACACAUACUCUCCCUCAGACCUCUGACUUCCCUUGAUGUGCCUCAGUUUCCCCUGCUUGCAAAGCAGCUUUGUCGGACCUAUGCCACAAAUGCAGGCUGAGGAUUUCCCUCCCAGGCAGCAUCUCCUCCCAGAGUGAUGCCCUGCCUGGCUGCCUUGGCUCCCGAGGCAAGAAACCUCUCCCUUUAUUUUGCUAUUCAGAUGAACCCUUGGGGAGAGGGUGAGGCCUGGGGACUGCAUGCUUUUCGGGAAGGAGGGGCAGCAGGGAGGGAAAGUGCAAUAUUUGUAUAUUUGUUUGUUGUCCUCUGGCUGGUCCCUGUGUGCUGGGCAGACAUGUUGGAGCAGCAGGGAGAUGGGCAUGCAGGGUGAGCUGAUGCCUUGCAGCCACGGGAAACUGAGGCAUAGCAAUUCAGGUGGCUGCUAGAGGUUGGAGGAGAAUGCAGGAGGGGUGCUUGUACUCAUACGAGUCCCAGAGGUGCUGGGGGGCAGGCAGGGAGGCCGCAGCUGUGCGUGGACAGCAGGGUCAUGACCUCCGUAGUCAGCAGGCAGGACACCCUGAUCAACAGCUCCCCCAGCAGCGUGUGUAGCAAGAGGGAGAGAGCAGGGUGGGGAAAAGAGAGGAUCUGGGACAUGGGGCACCUCGGAGCAUCAGUGGUCUCAGUGUCUGCCUGGGGAUGUGUCCUUCCCCGGGCUCAGUUCCCGCUCAUGGGCUGGGGAACAGGAUGGAGCUGGGUCCCUUCAGCAGGGCCGGCUGUGCAGGGCAGCAUGCCAAGAGGUGAUGAAGUCUCACAUCCAUCACUCCCUGCAUGCCAGGACACCCCUACUGCACGGUUAUGUCCGUCUCCUCAAUGCUGCCUGCCUCCCUUGCCUGUCCCCAGGUCACCUCAGAGCAGGUAGGCUGGUGCCAGGGUGGCAAAGCCUCUGGCAAGGUGGAGCCAGAGGCCAUGGAGCUACUUUCCUGGCUGGCUACACGCUUUUGCCUUGCCCUGGACUUGUUUGCUCACCCGGGCCCCUCUUAUCUGCCAGGGGUCAAUGCCUGGGGAAGGGAAAACAAACCUCCCCCAGUAGCUCCCAGCACCAUUGGCUGCCUCUUGGGGUGGCAGUGGCUGGUGGCUUCCUGCUGGCCCCCAUCUCUUUGGCUCAUGCUUAUAUCUGCCUCCUGCUCACAGGUGAACUGCCUCGAAGCUGGGAUGAGCCAGACAUGUGUCAGAUUUGGGGUGGGAGCACAACCACAGAGUAAUUUCCUUCCUCUGGCAGAAGACCACCCAUAGACACUGCAUCAAGGCCAUCCUGGGCUGCAAGUUAAGUCAUCAAGGUGGUCCCUGCAGCACAAUGGGGGCUUGGGACCACAGGGAAAGAGACCUUAUUUUUGAGCUGUCCUUGGGUCUCCCAGGAAGGCACGUGACCCCAGGAGAGGGCUGAGCUACAGCCCUCAAGUUUUCCUUUCCCUCCAUGCAUUGGAGUUGCUGAGAGGUCUGUACCCCUCAGCAGUGGUGCCUGCAUGAUGUGGCGCAGACAGGGAUGAUCUGAGGGGUGGCCCCCACCUCAGGUUCCCCCCUACUCCCUCUUAGAGGUUCCCCCCUCCCCAGCAUAGCUGCCCUGCAGACCCCUGCAGGGGACCGAGGCUGGCAUCACCCUGGGGAUGGGGUUGGGAGGUGAGGGAAAGGGGAAUGCAGGAAGAGACCACCCCCUGCUCCCUGUAUGGAGAACUAUUGAGCUGGGAGCCAGAAGGAGCCCUGGAGGAUGCCUCUCUCCAAGCCUGCACCCUCUCAGAGCAGGAGGAGGAAGAAGACACCAUCUGGGAGAAGAUUGAGAGUGCACGGCACCAGCUGACCCGUUCCCUAAACCCUGCAAAGCUCACCCCAUACCUGCGCCAGUGCCGCGUGAUAGAUGAGCAGGAUGAAGAGGAAGUGCUGAAUUCAUGCCGAUUCCCUUGCAAAAGCAACCAGACAGGUUACUUGAUGGACAUCCUCCGGCGCCGUGGGAAGCGAGGCUAUGAAGCCUUCCUGGAGUCUUUAGAGUUCUACUACCCAGAGCACUACACCCGGCUAACCGGGAGGGAGCCAGCCCAGCGCUGCUCUAUGAUCCUGGAUGAGGAAGGCCCUGAGGGACUAACUCAGUUCCUGAUGAUGGAGGUGAAGAAGGUUAGGGCUCAGCGGCAGGAGCACCUGCUGAAGGAGCACCAGCUCCAGGUUAAAAACCAGGCGUUGGAGCAAGAGCAGACCCGGCUGCAGCAGCAACUGCAGGAGCUCCUGAAGGUGCAGGAGCGUUACCAGCGGUUGAGAGAGGAGUGGGACUCCAACAGUGUGGAGCUGCUGAGGCUGAAGGAUGAGAACUACAUGAUGGCCAUGCGCUAUGCACAGCUCUGCGAGGAGAAGAACAUGGCCGUACUGCGGAGCCGGGACCUGCAGCUGGUGGUAGACCAGCUGAAAUGCAAAGUGACCAGCCUUGAAGAGGAGUGCAGCCUGCUGCGGAAACAGGCAUCUGUGCCUCCCCAGCGAGAGGCAGAGGAGCGAGGCCACUCUGAUGCCAUGUCCGAACUGUGGGCUGAGAACCAGCGGCUUACAGCAUCGCUACAGGAGCUGCAGGGCAUGUUGCAGACACCCGGCAAGGGCCCAGUGCCGGGCUCCGAGCAGAUUAUGCUGGACAUCCUGGAGCAUGACUGGAAGGAAGCCCAAGACGACCGGCAGGAUCUCUGUCAGAAACUCAACUCCCUGCAGAAUGAACUGCAGUGGGCUGAAGAGCUGAGGGAUAAGUACCUCCAGGAGGUGGAAGAUCUGCAGCUGAAAUACCGGACACUGCAGAAGGACUGUGAUCUCUACAAGCAUCGUAUGAACACGGUGUUGCUGCAGCUGGAGGAGAUCGAAAAAGAACGGGACCAGGCAAUCCAGAGCCGUGAUGGGGUGCAGCUACAAUACUCCCAGAGCUUGAUUGAGAAGGACCAGUACCGCAAACGCGUACGGACCCUGGAAGAGGAGAGGGAUGAACUCUUAAGCAAGCUGAGCCAGGCAGAAGGGCUGAACAGCACGCUGGAGGUGCAGCUGCAGCGAUGCCAAGGCAGCCGCAGCCAGAGCAAGAUGUGCAGCUCUUCCUACUCCCUUUGCUCCAACCUCAGCAGCACCUGGAGUCUUGUAGACAACUGUACCAGCUUUACAACUGGACUUGUGGAUGCACUGGGAGCCAUCCCGUUCCCAGGGGAUUCAGCUGUUCAGAGCAUGGAUGUUACUCCUGACAGCGAGAAGGAUAUCAAUCGCCUUUCCACCUUUCCCUUCCCACCUUGUAUUGGCUCCAUCCUCCGUCGUCAACGGGAAGAUAGGUGCAUGCCAUACAAAAGCUUGUCCUGUGGCUCCUUUAGCAGCAUUGAAGAUGCAACAGGCAGUGGUUUUGCUAGUGCCUCGCUUGGGGCCUUGUCCUCUUCUUCCAGCAGCACCUGUGCCAGAGUGAAGUCGGAGAUCUGCUUGUCCACACUUCCCAGCCGCAAGGAGAUCACUAGGAGGUCACUGGUGGUACAGCUCACUAGCAUGGGUCACCCCCAAAACCUCUCACCCCAGGAAAAGAGGCUCAGAGAAGACAUCUCUAUCCUUGGAGGGAACAGCACAGGAAUUUAUGUCCACUGGGUCAAGCCUGGCUCACGGGUUGAGGAUGCAGGACUCAGGGAAGGGUGCCGGCUCAUUGAGCUGAGGGUGCCGUCGAUGAAGGAAGAGGUUCUUUCCCUGGAGAACUGCACACGAGAGGUUGCCUACCUGAGCCUGCUGCAUUGGGAUGAGCCCUCCAGUCUUGUCUUUCAGAUGGACCCGGAAGGAUACCAGCCUCUGCGGGAAGCCCUAGAAGAAGGGAAGAAGUUUUCUGGAGACUCAUUUUAUGUACGCACCAACCUGUCUCUCCUGGAGCUGUCAGACCCUUAUGCGCUGUGUGUCAAGUGUCGGGAGAUCCUCCACAUCACAGACACCAUGCACAAAGGGCGGCUGGAGUGGUACUGUUCCCGUGUCGAUCCCUUGACCAUGCGGGACCUGGACAAGGGGACAGUCCCCAACUAUAGCAGGGCUCACCAGCUUUUGAAGAUCCAGGAGAAGGGCCAAAUGCCUGGGCAGCAGAGGGGCCACAGAAAUAACCUAAAGAAACGGGCCUUGGACCAACUGCGCAUGGUGAAAUCCAAACCACAGAGGAGCCCAGAACAGCCCCCUCAGCAGCUCUGGCUGGACCCCUGCUCAGACCCGGACAAGAGCCUGAAGCCUUACAGCCUGGUGCGCCCUGUAGUGGUCAAGACACCCCGUCCUGUGGUGCUGUCACCUAACUGCAUUGUGCCAAGGCUUGUUAGGAACCUGCUAGAUUUGCCCACUUCUCGUCUAGACUUCCAUGUGUGUCCAGCAGAAAAGCUGGCAGAAGGGGAUCCCAACACAACCCAUGGUCAGGAGCACCUUGUGUCUAGAAGUGCCCUCCAGGACCGGAGGGAGAGAAAGCAAAUCCGCAUGAUCCGGGAGGCAAUGGAGAAGAAUAAACACUGCCUGCUAGAGCUGGGAGUUCAGAGUGUGAGGGAUCUAAUUAAAAGCAAAAUAUACCCCAUUGUUAUCCAUGUUGAGGUCACAGAGAAGAAUGUUAGAGGACUCAGGAGCUUGCUGGAGAAGCCAGGCCAACGGGACUCGGAGGUGCUGAAGGUGUGCCGCAACACGGAACAGGCUCUUCACGCUCUGCCCUGCUCCUGGGCCCGUGUGGAGCCCCAUGCCUGGAGCCACGCUGAGGAGCUGCCCAAAGUGGUCCGGGGAUGCAUCUUCCAGGAGCAAACCCGUCCGCUGUGGAUUGAGGAGGGUGAUGACUGAGCUGAGAGUAGUGGUGCAGGCACUGCCAGCUACUGUCCCCAAGAGUUGUUCUCGGAGGUUCCUGCCUCUCAGAGCUCCUCCAGGUAGCAUCUCCUUUCUCCUCAAGGGGAUGCCAGCAGCAGAAGCCCCUUAAGGGUAGACUUUCUGGUCCCCUUGAGGCCACCAAGAGCUGGGGAGUAACACGUGCUGACUCCCUACUCUGCGUUUUCUGUAUUUUACUAGAGAUGUCUUCCACUGUCAUGGUGGAAAUUGCCCUCAUGGGCUGUUCCUCAUCAUUUUGGGAUGCCCUUGACUUUGGUACAUGGUCAGAUUGCCAGAUCUGGAAUGUGUAGAAACCGUGUGGAAUCAGGCUGUGUAGGAGCAUUUCUCAGACACAUUUGAAGCCCUUUUCCCACCACCUCUGCCCUGCAGCACUGUGUGCUCCAGGUCUCCUCUUCCCCUGUCUACCUCACCUCUGGCCCCACAGUGCAGGGAGCAUGGCUGGAGUGACACUAAGCUUGCAACCAACCCUUGUUUUAUAGAAGCUGUAUUCUUUAUUGCUUGUAAAUUAUUAAUGGAGCGUUUUAUUGGCAAACUGCAUAUAAAGGAGAAUUA